CGGCGGCUUCGGGGCGACGCGCGGGCCGGGCCCACUGAGGCGGCGGCGCAGGGACCGGGGUUGCGGGGUCGCGGCGGCAGCGAGAGGGCGGCGGGAGCGCGCGGCGCCCCUAGCCUCCAGCCGCGGGUGCGCGCCGGCACCCGCCCGCCGGGCCGACCGGCCGCGAUGUCCGGCGCGGAGGAGGCCGGCGGGGGCGGGCCGGCCGCGGGGCCCGCCGGCGCCGUGCCGGCCGGGGCCGGGGCCGGGGUCGGGGUCGGGGCCGGGCCUGGGGCGGCCGCGGGGCCGGCGGCAGCAGCCGCGCUGGGCGAGGCGGCGGGGCCCGGGCUCCCGGACGAGGCGGGCCUGGCCGGCGCCCGGCAGCUGCAGGAAGCGGCCGGCGACCCAGACGCGCCGCCCAAGAAGCGGCUGCGGGCGGCCGAGGCGGCCGAGGCGGCGGCGGCGGCGGCGGCGGCGGGCAGCGGGAAGCUGGAGGAGCGGCUCUACUCGGUGCUGUGCUGCACCGUCUGCCUGGACCUGCCUAAGGCCUCCGUGUACCAGGAGCCCUACUGGCCGUGUGUUGGCCGUGUUCCAGGGAGAGGGCCCGUCCCUCCGGAGCAGUGGCCCUGGCUGCCUCUCCGCACCUGUAGGCCCUUCUGCAGCGGGAGCCCACGGGGCGGGCUGGUGCGUGCGUGUGCACGUCCUGCAGCAGAUGCCCGGCUGAAGGAGGAGCAGGCCACGUGCCCUAACUGUCGUUGUGAGAUCAGUAAGAGCCUUUGCUGCCGCAACCUGGCCGUGGAGAAGGCCGUGAGCGAGCUGCCCUCCGAGUGUGGCUUCUGCCUGCGCCAGUUUCCCCGCUCCCUCCUGGAGAGGCACCAGAAAGAGGAGUGCCAGGACAGGGUGACCCAGUGCAAAUACAAGCGCAUCGGCUGCCCGUGGCACGGUCCCUUCCAUGAGCUGACGGUGCAUGAGGCUGCCUGUGCCCACCCCACCAAGACGGGCAACGAGCUGAUGGAGAUCCUCGACGAGAUGGACCAGAGCCACCGCAAGGAGAUGCAGCUGUACAACAGCAUCUUCAGCCUGCUCAGCUUUGAGAAGAUCGGUUACACAGGGCUGCACAGCCCUUGGGACGGUCAGUGUCUGAGCAGAAGGUGGGUGUAUCUUGGAGGGCCCGGCAGCCAGGGGCCUGCCCUGUGGAGCCAAAGGCGAGAAGAGCACUCAGCACAUCCGGUCCUGCAGGCAGAUACUGCUGUGGCCGCGGGGCUCCUGAGGCCAUCAAGAAGAUGCCCAGGGGCAGGGCUCCUGCGUGAGCUGAGGGUGCUCCGCUCAAAAUGCAGAGUUGGGAGUGGACGCCCAGGGACGGGCAGGCUGGACCGCACUCAGGCCCGCUGGAUCUCACGGGCUCUCCUGGCCACGGCCACUGCUUUUGGACAUGCUGGGGAGCAGGAACCAGGCCAGGGCCUGGUCCAGACACAAGAACAGCAAGAAGCACCUGCUGACACAGGGGCCGCUGAGGGAGACUGCGGCCCUCUACUGCUCAGCCCACAGCAGGCAGUCGGCUCAGCAUCAAGGGCAGCCACAGGCAACCGGUCACGCCAUGCCAUCCUGCCUGGACUAGGCCUGGCUAGGUGCGGGCCUGCACAGGCCUGAGAGGCGAAGGGCCCGGCAGCCUCAGCACCAGAAGGUCAUGGCCCACGGUUAGUUGCAGCCUCAGCUGCCCUGCUGGGCGCCAUGGCGCAAACAAUCCAGGCCAGGCCUUGCCGGUCUGGGCGGGCCGAGGCAUCAGGACGGUGGCGGUGGCCGGGCAGGGACCCCCGUGCACACAGGAAGGACUGGCCGCCUCCGUGGAGGGACUCGCGGGCCACGGGCCCCGGGCUGUGCUGAGAGAACUGUGUGACAGCACAGGCGCCCAGCACCGGGCCACACGCCGGCGCUCCGCCUUGCGCCCCAUACAGGCUCUCGGGCCACGUGCCCGCCCGCCGGCUUUUCUGGCAGCUCUGUAUCCGAACCAAUAAAGUGCACUUGUUCUCAGAA